GAAAUCAAACAUGUCUGGAAGAGGUAAAGGCGGUAAAGGACUCGGAAAAGGAGGCGCUAAGCGUCACCGUAAGGUUCUGCGUGAUAACAUCCAGGGAAUCACCAAACCCGCUAUCCGUCGUCUCGCUCGCCGUGGCGGUGUAAAGCGUAUCUCCGGUCUGAUCUACGAGGAGACUCGCGGAGUGUUGAAGGUGUUUCUGGAGAACGUCAUCCGUGAUGCUGUUACUUACACCGAGCACGCCAAGAGAAAGACCGUGACCGCCAUGGAUGUUGUGUACGCGCUGAAGAGACAGGGACGCACUCUCCACGCUUUUCUGUGUUACAGCAGCUUAUUUGUGAAAAUGGCAAGAACCAAGCAGACCGCCCGUAAAUCUACCGGAGGCAAAGCCCCGAGGAAGCAGCUCGCCACUAAAGCUGCUCGUAAGAGCGCUCCCGCCACCGGUGGUGUCAAGAAGCCUCAUCGCUACAGACCAGGUACUGUGGCUCUGCGAGAGAUCCGCAGAUACCAGAAGUCCACUGAGCUGCUGAUCCGCAAACUGCCCUUCCAGCGUCUGGUCCGAGAAAUCGCUCAAGACUUCAAGACGGAUCUGCGCUUCCAGAGCUCCGCUGUCAUGGCUCUUCAGGAGUCCAGCGAGGCUUAUCUGGUCGGUCUGUUCGAGGACACCAACCUGUGCGCCAUCCACGCCAUGUCAGGAAGAGGCAAAGGCGGCAAAGGACUCGGAAAAGGAGGCGCUAAGCGUCACCGUAAAGUUCUCCGUGAUAACAUCCAGGGAAUCACCAAACCCGCUAUCCGUCGUCUCGCUCGCCGUGGCGGUGUGAAGCGUAUCUCUGGCCUGAUCUACGAGGAGACUCGCGGAGUGUUAAAGGUGUUUCUGGAGAACGUCAUCCGUGAUGCUGUCACUUACACCGAGCACGCCAAGAGAAAGACCGUGACCGCCAUGGAUGUUGUGUACGCGCUGAAGAGACAGGGACGCACUCUGUACGGAUUCGGCGGUUAAACGUCUGCGCUCCACCCUGAAAACCCAACGGCUCUUUUAAGAGCCACCCACACUUUCAU